UUUGGAGGGGGUGGGGGGUCGACCUAAGCACAGAAGGAGGGGGCAAGGAAGCGCCUUUCCCCCCUUCUUUCCGGGAGCCUUCCAAGCAAGGGGGAAGGGCACUUUGUGAGGAAGCGAGCGCCAGGCUUAGGAAGAGCAGUGAGGUUGCCGUUGGGGAGGGGGAGCGGUCAGUGAGGGUGGCACCCCGCAGAGUUGGUGGGGUUUGGAAGUGGGGGUGCCGGAGGUGGAAAGGGAGGGUUGGAAGCUCAGAUCGGAGGAUUGCUAGAGGACUGGAAUAGCUUGGAGGCCAGGAAGAGGAAGGGAGGUCCCAACAAGCCAGGGGGUACAGGAAACCCCCUUUUUGAUUUCAGAGCUCAGACCUCCCCACCCGCCACUUUUGGGGUGCUGCCUGUUCUUGGGGGAGCCAGAGUGUGCAGGGUGGUUGUGCCCAAAAGGACAGGAGGAAGGGGUGUGCGUGCGCGUGUGUGUGACCCACUGUGGAGAUUUGACAUUGAAAGGGGGCUGCAGUCUGUUUUGGGGGGCCCUGAGUGUGCUGAGGCAGGGGUUGGGGAAUGGCUGGCAGAAGCCGCCGCUCCUGGCUCAGUGUGUUGCUAGGUCUGGUCCUGGGCUUCGUCCUGGCCUCCUGGCUCAUCCUCCCUCGAGCCUCAGAGCUGAAGAGAGCGGGACACCAGCGGAAGGCCCGCCUGGAAGGGUGCCGGGUGAAGGCGAGCGGGGGGCUGCUCCACCAAGACUCCCGAGGGGCCUUGCUCUGGCGUCAGGACCCCACGGAGCACCAAGGCAAGAUCCUGCCGGCCAAGAACUUUCUCUUCGUGGGGGUCAUGACGGCUCAGAAAUACCUGCAGAACCGAGCGGUGGCAGCCUACAGAACUUGGUCCAGCACAAUCCCUGGGAAGGUUGAGUUCUUUUCCAGUGAGGGCUCGGAUACCUCUCUCCCCAUCCCCAUAGUGCCAUUGCCUGGUGUGGAUGAUUCUUACCCACCCCAGAAGAAAUCAUUUAUGAUGCUCAAGUACAUGCACGAUCACUACUUGGACAAAUACGAAUGGUUCAUGCGUGCAGACGACGACGUUUAUGUUAAAGGGGACAAGCUGGAGAGCUUCCUUCGGAAUUUGAACAGCAGCGAGCCCCUCUUCCUUGGGCAGACAGGGCUGGGUACCACUGAAGAGAUGGGGAAGCUGGCCUUGGAACCCGGAGAGAAUUUCUGCAUGGGGGGUCCCGGCGUCAUCAUGAGCCGGGAGGUGCUGCGGAGGAUGGUCCCUCACAUUGGGGAGUGCCUUCGAGAGAUGUACACGACCCACGAGGAUGUGGAGAUUGGGAGAUGUGUACGAAGAUUUGCAGGAGUGCAGUGUGUCUGGUCUUAUGAGAUGCAGCAGCUUUUUUACGAAAACUAUGAACAGAACAAAAAAGGUUACAUCAAAGACCUCCGUAAUAGCAAGAUCCACCGAGCAAUCACCUUGCACCCAAACAAGAGCCCACCCUACCAAUAUAGGCUCCAUAGUUACAUGUUGAGCCGCAAAAUAGCAGAGCUACGUUAUCGGACCAUCCAGCUGCACCGAGAAAUCGUCCUCAUGAGCAAAUACAGCAAUACAGAAGUCCACAGGGAUGACCUGCAGCUUGGAAUAGCACCUUCCUUCAUGCGGUUUCAGCCGCGCCAACGGGAGGAUGUUUUGGAGUGGGAGUUCCUCACAGGAAAGUAUCUUUAUUCCGCUGCAGACGGGCAGCCACCUCGUCAAGGGAUGGACUCCUCUCAGCGCGAGGCGCUGGACGACAUUGUUAUGCAGGUCAUGGAGAUGAUCAACGCAAAUGCCAAGACCAGAGGGCGGAUCAUUGACUUCAAGGAGAUACAGUAUGGCUAUCGCAGGGUGAAUCCAAUGUAUGGGGCAGAGUAUGUUCUCGAUUUAUUACUCUUGUACAAGAAGCACAAGGGGAAAAAAAUGACUGUUCCUGUCCGCAGGCAUGCGUACCUGCAACAGACCUUUAGCAAAGUCCAGUUUAUGGAGCAUGAAGAGAUGGAUGCCAAAGAGCUGGCCAAUAAAAUCAACCAGGACUCAGGGUCUCUGUCUUUCCUCUCCAAUUCUCUGAAGAUGCUUGUCCCAUUCCAGCUGAGUAAAUCGAAAGCAGAGAAGAAGGAACCCAAAGACAAGAAGAUCAACAUCUUGAUUCCUCUGUCCGGACGCUUUGACAUGUUUGCACGCUUCAUGGCGAACUUUGAAAAGACCUGCCUCAUUCCAAAUCAGAAUGUCAAAUUGGUUGUCCUGCUUUUCAAUUCGGACUCCAAUCCUGACAAAGCAAGGCAGGUUGAGUUGAUGAGAGAUUAUCGCCUGAAAUACCCCAAGGCGGACAUGCAGAUCUUGCCGGUGUCUGGCGAGUUCUCCCGGGCUCUGGCACUAGAAGUUGGAUCCUCUCAGUUUAACAAUGAGUCUUUGCUGUUUUUCUGUGAUGUUGACUUGGUGUUUACAGCAGAGUUUCUCCAGAGGUGUAGAGCCAACACAGUUUUGGGGCAACAAAUUUAUUUCCCAGUCAUUUUUAGCCAGUACGAUCCAAAGAUUGUCUAUAGUGGAAAAGUUCCUAGUGAUAAUCAUUUUGCCUUCACCCAGAAAACAGGCUUCUGGAGGAACUAUGGCUUUGGGAUUGCUUGCAUUUACAAGGGUGAUCUUAUUCAAGCUGGUGGCUUUGAUGUCUCUAUCCAAGGUUGGGGUCUUGAGGAUGUGGACUUGUUCAACAAGGUUGUUCAGGCUGGCCUAAAGACUUUCCGAAGCCAAGAGGUCGGAGUUGUCCACGUACAUCAUCCUGUCUUUUGUGACCCCAAUCUUGAUCCAAAACAGUAUAAAAUGUGUUUGGGGUCCAAAGCAUCAACAUAUGGGUCUACGCAACAGUUGGCUGAGCUGUGGCUUCAAAAAAAUGAACCAAGCUUUGGGAGAAGCAGCAUUGCUAAUGGUUCCCUGAGGACAGCCUAAGAUCCAGCAAUGCUGGGGGAGAAAAAAAAACUACCUAUUGUGUUUUUUUAAUUGCCCUAAUUUAUUUUUUUGGAAAACAUUUUGAUAGUUGAUUUUUUAAGAUAAAAACCGCACAAGGGUAUAUUUUAGAAACCAUCGUUUUCUUACCAGGACCUUCUGAGCAUUUUUUCUGAACAAAACUGUGAUCAACCUUUGCCUUUUUGAACAAAUAUCUGUGGCUGAGUAUACAACUUGCCUGAUUUCUGACAACUUGAAAUAAAUUUCCUAUUUCUGAUAAACAGACUUUAAAGAAGAAAAGAGAUCUUCUUUACUCCACAGCCUGCCCUAUGGCCUGUUUAGUUCUUUGGGUUCUUCCAGGAGCAUUCCAAGUGGUGCAAAUGAUUUGCUUAAUAUUUUUUCCCUCUUGGGAUUGUAACACCAUAAACAGAUACUUCCUUGUAUUUAAAAAAUAAUAUUUGAACAGUGAAAACAGAGUAGCAGUAUUGGUUAAUUCGCUUACAAGAAUCAUUCAAUUUGGUUGAUAUUUCAACCUUAAAAUGUACCUUUUUGCUCAUUGUAUAUCGAGCAACUGGAAAAAAGGGGGAAUUGUUGAGCACAACUUUAAUUGUGUGUAACUUCAUUUUAAAAAAAAGUAUUUUCUUUCUUCGUUCAUACAUGGAUCUGAUGUUUAAAAAUUCCAUAGCAGGUGCUGAGUUCUAAAUUGGAUCUCUUGUGUAGAGAUGCCUUGAUAGCAAAGAGCGACAUUUUAGUUAAUAGUGGGGGGGAAAUCUUUGCCAUAAAAAGCAACAAACUUAAAACCAAGACACUCCAAAUUGAAUGCUUUGGGGAAAUGUUCAUUCCCCACCCCUCUGACCCCAUCCAGUUACAGUAUUUUGAUGGGAACAAUUUACUGUGUUUCCUUUGCUUAAUUAGUUUGUUUUUGCUGUCUGUAUUGGGUAGGCCUUUAAUUUAUUUAAUAACUUUUGUUCUAGAUUCUUGUCUUUUUAUUUUGAAUAACUGCUAGUCAUUAAUAUUUAUAUAUCUUAGGAAUGUAUUGCAUUUUCGUACUGUUUAAAGCUAGUGUACAUCUUCUUACUUUGCAGUAAACCAAUUUCCAAAGAGUCUUUCUAAAGUGUUCUCUUUUUCUUUUCCAAAAUUACUUUAAUUUUAAAAAAAGAGUAACUGGAACCUUGGAUAUAGCCUCCAAUGGCCCCAAACUGAACUUCAGGUUUGAGAAAGAGAAUGGAAACUGUUUUUUGCAUAAGCACAGAGCAUAAGCUUUAAGCUAUGUGCACGUGAUCACACGCACACGCCGUUGCAAAAUACAAUGCACCUGAUUUGAAUACAAACAAGCUGUUCUGCAUUGAACCUUACAAGGCACCAGAACCUAUGUUCAAAGCACAAUUGUAUAUUGGCACCUAAUCAUUUGUAACAAUCUUUUUUUCCCUGCAGGAAAAAUAAAAUGAAUGAA